AAAAAUAACGAAAUUAACCGGCCGGUCUUCUCCCACCACUCAUCUCUGCAGUCUCAGAGUCUCACUUCAUUAUUUUUAUCAUAUGUUGUUGCAAAUUCGAGUCCUUCGAAAAAAAAUCUAUAAAAAAUUAAUUUUUAUUGUCACAUCAUAAUUUUAAUUUUUAAUAUAGCGAGCAGGGUUUCGAAAAGCUGAGUCUUGGGCACCUUUUAUUUUCAAGUUUUGCUAUAACUGAAUAGAGCAUUUUAAAUUGAAAUAUUUGAUUCUUUUGCUCGUUAAAUAACAUUAAAUAAAAACAUUAAAUAUGAUUCGAACGGAGCAGACUAAUCAUAAUGUUGAGGGUCAAAGCGAGAGAAGGGACGAUGAUUCUUCUGCUCGAACGAGUAAACGAGUUAGGAGAAUUUCGACAAAGUUAUUGAUCGAUUGCGGCGAGGAUGUGGACUGGACACCGUUGGGUCAGGCUGGGGUGACGAACAGUGACGUUCUCAAGGAGUCAGAGGAGUUAAACUUGCCGAAAUUAGCCAUGGAGGAGGAGUCUAAUGGGUCAUCGUCAUCCUUGAAGAGGAAACGCACCGAUGGACAAGCCAGACGACGACAAAGUUCAAAAUGCAAGGAUCUUUGGACGGGCCGAGAUACACGUUCACUGCCCCUGGUCAAAACUCCCCUGGCCUUGAAUCAGCAGAACAAUAAAAAAGUCAGUGUCGUCAAGCCCCGCACAUCGUCUCUUCCCGAUAAAUCCAUUGUCCUCUCUGAACAACAGUGUGUCACUAAACCGGUGGAAUUACAAUUUGGGCCAAGCAACCCUCGCUCUUCAAACUUGAGUACAAUUAUUAAACAUAAUCAAAAUCUAACCUCAAAGCAACUCGGCCAGCAGAUCGGAAAUGAAUUAAUUGAAACGGAAGACAGUUGUGACGAUGUGACUCGAAUUACAGCAUUUCUUGAAGCUGGAGCUGACGUCAAUACGUGUAUUGCAAACACAAUGGGGUUGACGCUACUUAUGAAAGCAGUGGAAUUAAGGAGCUUGAAUCUAGUACACACUCUGUGUAGCUAUAAAGCUAAAUUAAAUCUCCGGGACAAGUUUGGGUGCACUGCGCUAAUGUUGGCAGCGGCUUAUGACAAGUCAGAAAUUGUCCGAUAUUUGGUGGGGGUAGGAGCAGAUCCGUAUGUCAAGAUGAGCCGUAAUGGAAUGACCUGUCUGCACAUGAUGGCAAAAGAUGAUAACGUGUUGGGAGCCAAAGCUCUGGAUUUGCCGAAAUGCUUGGACCUAUUGGAAGUUCAAGAUGCCAAAAAAUGCACACCUCUGGCGACGGCGUGCCGGUUUAACUCAAAUCGCAUGGUGACGUUCCUGGCAGAAUUGAUUUCUCAGAUGUCUCUGAAUAAAAUCGUAUCCAUUGUGGACAGUUAUGGAGGAACUGCCUUACACUGGGGAGCAUUUAAGGGGAACGUGGAGGUCAUGAUGACUUUGAUAGGUCUUGGAGCUGAUACUAACGCCCAGGAUAAUGACGGAAACACUCCAAUGCACAUCGUUGUAUCUACUAUUCAGUUUCGGCCUAUACAAAUGUUAGAAGUCUUGCUUACUGCUGGGGCCGAACCAUCAAUUCGCAAUGCCGAAGGAAAAUCUGUUAUUGACAUGUGUCCCUCUGAUUUACGGAAAACUCUGAACAAAUUACGGACUAAUGUCAGGCUCUUCAGAAAUUUCAUGGACUCCCCAAGCUUAUUUAUCCUUGAGGACCUCUCUCUCGGCUAUGAAAGGAGAUUUGCUAUUCCCUGCGUGAACCAUUUCGAUUCGGCGACCCUCGCAUAUGGAAAAGACUUCAGCUACAUUACAGAGCCCAUCUAUCCCUCCAACCCCCGUUUAAAAACUCCCCACCGCUGUGACUGUUCCAAAACAGGGUGUGAAUCUGGUUCCCUUGAAAAGUGCAGUCAUUACGAAAUCGCCCCAGGUACCAACGGAGUUAGACUUUGUUACGAAGCGAGUGGCCGUGUCCUGCUGCCAGAACAACGAACAUCUUUGCCCGUGGAUGAUUUCGAAUUGUACGAAUGUGGAAAAUUAUGCCCUUGCAAUGCCAAAAAGUGUCAGAAUCGCGUCGUACAGAAAGGACUAUCGAAACAAUUGCAAGUUUUUCGGACAGGCGCGACUGCUUCAAAAGGAUGGGGAGUUCGCACGUUGCAAAAUAUUGUACGAAAUGAAUUUGUUAGCGAACUAGCCGGAGAAAUCUUUUCUGCAGAUUAUUUCAAGACCUCAAACAGGAUGAAGAGUGAUAAGUCAUUUCUCUAUCAAUUCAAGAUUGACUCGGAGUCAGAAAUGUACAUCGAUUGUGGAAAGUUUGGAAACGUGUCGAGAUUUAUAAACCACUCUUGUGACCCGAACCUGUUUCCCGUGAAAGUAUUUGUAAAUUCUGUUGCACCGAGACUCGCUUUUUUUGCAAAAACUGACAUCUUAUCAAAGCAAGAAUUGACAUUCGACUACACAAUGCUCCAUUCUCAGUUCCAAACUGUGGAACACUUUCCAUUCAGAUGUGAAUGCAAAAGCUUAAAUUGUAAGGAUACCGCAUAGGAAUCAAUUCGAGCAGCAUUUAUCUCCUGAUUUUAUAAAAUGCCACCACGCUUUUUAUGACGUUUUUUGUUCUAUUGAUUUUUUGUUAUGCUUCGUUCAUAUCUUUUAUGAGGGGUAUAUUGGAUUUUUCACAUACUAAGUAUUUAACUGUUUUAGAGAUUAUGAAAUAUGAUUCUCGUUAAAAGUGUAAUAGAGUUUUUUUAGUCAGUUUUUUCAGUCAUCCAUACACGUUACGUAUUUAUGUAUUAAACCUACGCUCAUACCGGUUGUGGUUGUAUUAUGCAGGAUUUUCCUAAUGUUGUGCGAGUACCUCAUUUUAUGUUCCUCUCUAGAUUGGAAAAAAUGUUUUGACCUAAUCAAUUUGAAUAAGAAAAUCGUUAUAUAAAA